CCUUAAACCAAACGUUGUGAUAAUAAGCACAUAACAUACAACAAGGUUGUCGCAUCGCAAUCACAAUAACAAUAACUCUCUCUCGUGUGUGUCCACUAUAUAUAAGUUAAUUCUGAUUCGCUUAUAGAGUCGCUUUCUGACAAAUCGUGUCUGUGUUGGGUUACAAAAUUUCCCUUAUUGCGAUUCAUCAACACUUUUGCUAUUGAUACAUUAUUACACUUUUCUCCCAUUCUCUCUGCUUAAAGUGCUGUUCUCUCCAAUUCGAUAAACCACGAUGGGAGAUGUGGCUAAGGACCUUACUGCUGGGACUGUUGGAGGGGCAGCACAACUGAUAGUUGGACACCCAUUUGACACCAUAAAGGUGAAACUUCAAAGCCAACCUACACCACUUCCUGGUCAGGUUCCCAAAUAUUCUGGAGCAAUCGAUGCCGUCAAGCAGACAAUAGCAGCUGAAGGUCCAAGGGGAUUAUACAAAGGUAUGGGAGCCCCACUUGCUACGGUAGCUGCCUUCAAUGCUGUCCUGUUUACAGUUAGAGGGCAAAUGGAGACAUUAUUGAGGACUCAUCCUAGUGAUCCCCUCACAGUACAGCAGCAGGUUGUCUGUGGAGCUGCAGCUGGAGUUUCUGUUUCCUUCCUUGCUUGCCCUACUGAACUGAUCAAAUGCAGGUUACAAGCACAGAGUGCAUUAGCUGGUUCAGGAACAGCAACAUUGGGAGUUAAAUAUGGAGGACCGAUGGAUGUGGCAAGGCAUGUUCUUCGGUCAGAAGGGGGCGUAAAAGGACUUUUCAAGGGCUUGGUUCCGACUAUGGCUCGUGAAAUACCUGGAAACGCUGCAAUGUUCGGCGUAUAUGAAGCAACAAAGCAAUUAAUUGCAGGUGGCUCCGAUACCUCUAAACUAGGUAGAGGUUCUCUGAUGGUUGCCGGAGGCUUAGCAGGAGCCGCUUUCUGGGUAAUGGUUUAUCCAACUGAUGUUAUUAAGAGUGUGAUUCAAGUUGAUGAUUACAAAAAUCCAAAGUUUUCUGGUUCAAUUGAUGCUUUCAAAAGGAUAAAAGCUUCUGAAGGGUAUAAAGGUCUUUACAAAGGUUUUGGUCCUGCAAUGUUCAGAAGUGUUCCUGCCAAUGCAGCAUGUUUCUUGGCUUAUGAGAUGACAAGGUCAGCUUUGGGAUGAUUACUUCAUAAGCAAGGUUCAUAGGGGAAUAUCAUUGAGUACACCAUGAGUGCUUAAUUUUUAUUUUAUUUUAUCUCUCAAAUCCUGCAACAUUUUUAUUUGAUGCAUUGCAAUAUUGCCACAAGGGCUUAUGUCUAUUGUUACUUCAUGGAAUCAUUCUUUUACCAAGUGAUAAUGCAAGCAUCCUUUUAUUUUAAA